CUGGUCGGACGGCUGCUGCCACCACCUGAGGGGGACUCUGGGCCGGGAGGGGGACGGCAGAAGGUCUCCGUCCGCGGGGGCCGCUGGAGCUCCCCGACCGGGCCGCCGAACGCUCCUGCCGGAGCCAAAGCCCUCCGACGCCGUCCAAGCCAAGGCCGCCCCGCCCGUUCCGGGGGCCCGCGGGGGAGUAGAGCGCUGCCUGUCCCGCGCGAGCGCCUCCCUGCGGGGCCCCGGCCUGGACGGCGCCCCCGAUGCCACCGACGCCGCGCUUGGCCCCGGGCUCCGGGUUGGGGUGGGCGCCUCCGGGGCGGAGCCACCCGAGGGAACCUGCCGGCCCCGCCCUGGCCCCGCCCCGCUUGCCAGGUGGGAGCAGCUGCGGCGCCGGAGGGAGCGGGGAAGCGGGCGCGACGCCCGGCAACCGAGAGCGGCGCCUCCAGAUCACGAUGCCCCGACGCUGGUGCUAUAAAGUGGAAACCCUCCUCCUCAGCCUGGUGGGCUUCAGCUGCCUCCUCUUCCUCCUCCAGUCGCACAGCCGCAGCCCCCUCCUGGAAGAGGCAGGCACCCCGGAGCCUCCCACGGCGCCCCCCACCCCCACGGCCCCCCAGCCGCUUCCCGAGUGCCGGCAGAACGCCUCCGUGGCCAGCCUCCCCGGCUUCGCCGAGCUGCCCGACCACAUCAAGGACUUCCUGCGUUUCCGCCACUGCCGGGCCUUCCCGCUGCUGCUGGACCUGCCCGGGAAGUGCGGGCCCCCCGAGGCCUCCCACCAGGUCUUCCUGCUGCUGGCCGUCAAGUCCUCCCCGGCCAACUACGAGCGCCGCGAGGUCAUCCGCAAGACCUGGGGCCAGGAGCGCACCUUUGCCGGCGUCCACAUCCGGCGCGUCUUCCUCUCCGGCGUGGCAGGCAACCCCCGGGAGGCGCGCAAGCUCAACCAGCUGCUGCGCCUGGAGCAUGCAGAGCACGGCGACAUCCUGCAGUGGGGCUUCGUGGACACCUUCUUCAACCUCACCCUCAAGCAGCUGCUCUUCCACGCUUGGCUGGAGAGGCGCUGCCCGGCCGUCCGCUUCGUCUUCAACGGGGACGACGACAUCUUCGCCAACACCGACAACAUGGCCCACUACCUGCUGGGGGUGCCCGGCGCAGGGGACCAGCACCUUUUCGUGGGCCACCUCAUCACCAACGUGGGCCCCAUCCGGGAGAAGUGGAGCAAGUACUACGUGCCGGAGCAGGUCACCUCCACCAAGUCCUACCCGCCCUACUGCGGGGGCGGGGGGCUGCUGAUGUCCGGCUUCACCUGCCACGCCAUCUACCAGCAGGCGCUGGGCAUUCUGCUCUUCCCCAUCGACGACGUCUAUCUGGGCAUGUGCCUGGAGAAGGCGGGGCUGGCCCCCUCCUCCCACGCGGGCAUCCGGAUGGUGGGCGUGAGCGUGCCCUCCGCCAAGCUGGACUCCUUCGACCCCUGCUACUACAAGGAGCUGCUCAUGGUGCACCGCUUCGUGCCCUACGAGAUGCUGCUCAUGUGGGAGGCCAUCCACCAGCCGGACUUGGUCUGCGGGAAGAAGGCGGAGAUUUACCCGAGUUUGUGAGGCGUCGUGAGGAAGGGGCGCUCUGCCUGCCAGGGGAGGGGGCUGCCCGGUCUGGAAGGGCCCAGAGACUCUGCCGCAGAGGGCCGUUACGAGGAGGAGUUUUGACCAGGGGUUUGGCUUGGACCAUCCGCCCCACACACCCUCCCUUCCUGCGAAAGGCAAGGGAGGCUUUGGGAGGCUGGCAUCGCGCUGGCAUGGAGCCAGGGGCCGGCCCUGCCUCACCACUCGCUGGCCACGGGAUCCACGCAGGAUGGCCGGUUCCUGUUGCCCAAAAGCCAUCCUGCAACGACAAAGCCCUCCCCCUUCUGAUCCCCUUCUGGAGCGACGGAAGGGACCCCUUCCUGGACGGUGGAUGAGGCUGGCCCUGGGGUGGGGGCAUGGGUCGGUGUUCCCAUGGGGGAGGGGGCAUGACCACCUGCUGGGUUCAGGGGGGGGGCCCUCUGCCACCACCCUCUCCUGGGAGACCAGCUGCAGACGGCCGUGAGCAUCACAGUCAGACUGAUGGGCGCAGAUCGUAGUUCCUCCCUCUUCCUCAAGGGAAUUAUAGCUCAGGCCUGGAUUCCUCCGGAGGCAGGCUGGGGGGGGCCACCCAGGCAGACACUGCCCCCCUCCCCCAUUCAUAACCGAGCAGCAGAGUGGGCAGCCCACAGGGCCCCUCUGAGUGGGGGGGGGGGGUGGCCGGACCCUGCUGGGGACUUUCUCCCCAUCUGCUCUCUCCAACCUCCCAGGUGCCAGAAUGUCCCUCUGGGGGCAGCUCAGGUGGGGGGGGGGCUCCCCUUGAGAGAACAGGCAAAGGCCCCUCAGCUGAAGGGGGAGGGGAGCCAGUGCCUGACUUACUGGACCAGAGUUGGGGGAGGAGGUGGGGGGGGGGGUCACAUGCUGGCACAGGCUCAGCCGCCCCACAGCUGCAGGGCCUCUUCCCCAUAGAGCUUCCCCCCCUCCCCUACUCUACCUCCUGGGGUCCCUUGCCUCCUGUGAGGGGCGGGGCACUCUUUCAGGAGCCCCACCCCCUUUUGAGCCAGAAAGGCUGACCCACAGCCGCAGACUCCUGGCCCACCCGCCCACCGAGGGAAAGAAAGCGCAGUGUCGCCUUCAUGGACAGCCGGGGGGGGGGAGGGGUCUCCCUGGGUGGGCUGUACGGGGCCCCCACCCCAGAACAAGGGCGGGCCCGGGGCUGCUUUGCUCGGCCAGCCUGGGUGGAUUCCUCCCCCAGUGCAGGGUCAGCCCUCUUGACCCUCAGGAGGGGCGACCCUUGAGGCGGGGGCUCCCCUCUUUUGGGGGCUGGGGAAAGGCCUCAAAUCGCUUCUUGUGGGCAAAGGGAGGUUGGAAGCAGCAGCUACGGCUCCUUCGGCCUCUUGGCACGGGGGGCGGGGGAAGCGGCCAGUCAAGGGACACUCUGGGCAAGACCCCCUGUGGAGCCGGCCAGUAAGGGGGCUGCUGACCUGGGCCGGCUCUGGGAGCCAGGGAGGCACCCGGGUCUUUCCCUGGUUUGCACACCGUCUCUCUGGCGCUCUCUCGCUCCCGGCCACUUCCCAGAAGUGUGUGGUGUGACCGAAGCGGCUGGCUCCUGUAAGGGUCCGGCUGAAGGGAAGGGCCGGGGCAGCGGUGGCAGGUGGGCCCUGUUGGCCAUGGGUCCCUGGCCCCCUCUCGGGAGGCGGCCUUGGCGAUCCAGGCGUCAAGGGGAGGUCGGCCCCCCUGGACCCCUUUCUCUGCUUUCCUCGUCUCUUUUAUGUCCUCCCGUGUCUUCCAUAAAAAGGUCAUUGUUUAUUUUA